GUAACUGCUGGAAACCCGGUCCCCACCCUGGUUUCUUUAAAUACCCACCACCACCAAGGCGAACCGUUACACGGGAAAGAAACGGGGAUGUGUUGACGUUAGUCGAUAUCUUCAACAACGUGAAUACCUUCACAUUUUAGUUUUUAGACUUCUAACAUGGAGCUGGACCGGCGGUUGUUGCUAGCCCACUGCACGGCUCACGCCCUGUCGAUGGUGGCGGGCUUGCUGGUGGUCGUCCCCAUGGCUCUCAAUGGCUCCGCGUUCAAAGGCCGAUGCGCACUCUUCUCCGCCGGCUACUGGAGGACAGAGGACCGGGCCGAGCUGACGGGGCAGCCUGAAGACGUGUCUCACCUGGUGGUACAGCAGUGGGGCCCACCGGCGGCCUGCCAGUUCGUCACAUUUGUCGGUAUUUUUACGGUGCUGUACGGGGCCGCGCAGAGCUGGAGAUGCCUCUUCUAUCUGCACGGACGCCAUGACGACACCCUGUUUUCCUCCUUCCUGACGGUGCUGCUGAGUGUGUGUGUGCUCUUCCUGUCUGGAGGGGCCAGUGUUAUCUUGUCUCUGGGUUUGGUCUCCUGGUGUGACACCGUGACUGAUGACAACACGCGGCCAUACAGCUGUGCAGAGUCCCAGUCCGUUCCCCUCUACCUGGAUGUGGACACCUCCUCUUUCUACACAGAGCUCAGUCUGGCACAGGCGUCUCUGUGGUGUGUGACUGCUCUGUGGUUGACUCAGUCCAUCCUGGCUUUCCUGCGGCUCUACCACUCUCACAGCCAGCACAUCAGCGGGCCAUGUCGUCCCCGAGAGAAGGAGCUGCUGCUGGGACACAGUCCAUCUGACAGCGGCUCCCCCUCACCUACUCCAGCAACAACCAACCUUUUAGUGUAACUGAGUGUGUAUGAGGUAGUGAUAUAACUCCACCAUCUAAAUUUAGUUUUAAACCCAAUUUUUUUUACCACUCUACAGUUCUUACUACUGCAUGUAGACUGAACUUCCAAGUAGGGCUGAAUGAUUUUGGGAAAUAAUCUUAAUUGCAAUGUUGUUGUUUUUUUAAACUAAUAUUGCAAUUGCGAUUUAAUAUGCAAUUAUCUUUUAAGCUCUUUAUCUUCUAUAUUAUUCAAAACAGACAAUAAAUCAUUGUAUGUUAUGACCAA